AUCCAGCGCUAAGACUAGCUAAGAUGCUGUUGCUAUGGAUACUGGGGUUCGUGACUAAAUGCAGUGGUCAGAACUACUCUGACGGGCUGGAAAUUAUGAGGACAAAGUUAAAAGCUGACAAUUAUAACCCAGACCUGCGUCCAUUGAUUAACCAAUCAGCAAUCAUUAGCGUCUCUGUCUCUUUUCAACUGGUGUCCAUCGUGGAAGUGAAUGACGUCACGCAAAGCUUCGUCUGCAACGGCUUCCUUCCCUUGACCUGGACUGAUGAGAUCUUAGCGUGGGAACCUAGUGACUACGGAGGUUUGAUGUCCAUACAUCCUCUCCCAGAGGCGGUCUGGAGGCCGAGGGUCGUGCUCUUAAACACAAUAGACAAGAGAGAUUUAUUCGGGGACGACAAAGCUCCACUAAACGUUGAAUCCACUGGGCUAACUCACUGGAUACCUGGCAGUCUAUUUCUGACGUCCUGUGAACUGGACAUGACCAAGUAUCCUUUUGACAAACACACUUGUUUUAUCCAGUUGAUAGCAAUGACUUACCAGACUCACGAACUACAUUUCAUCGCCCCAAAGUCUCCGGAAGUUGGCCUCACGUUCUACACGCCUCACGGGGAAUGGAACUUAUUGAAAACAACCAUAGAGGCCUUCAAUGACACCUCAGGAUUUGUUAAAUACUCAUCCAUAAAGAUCAGCUUCGAUAUACAGAGGCGUCCAUUGUUUCUGAUGAUCAACAUAGUACUUCCGGUCAUCUUUUUAUCUUUCUUGAAUAUACUAGUCUUCCUGAUCCCGGCAGAUUCAGGGGAGAAAAUUGGAUACGGUAUAACAGUGUUACUUGCCCUAUCCGUCUUCCUGAGUAUUGUAGGCGGCAUGCUGCCCAGGUCCUCCAAGUCCAUGCCGGAAGUGACCAUGUACCUAUUUAUCCUGCUCAUUAUCUCCAUGCUGACAGUGCUGGACAGCAUCGCCAUCGUCUGCCUGCAUCACAUGGAAGAGAAAGAAACAAAACAUCUCAGGGCGAAGCACAAUUACAAGUCCGCCAUUAAAAAAGUAACCACCCUACGACAAGCGGUGACUGGUCUAAAUGGAGUCUCCAAAGUUGGGCUGUCUACCAUAGCUGCAAAGCUCAGGGAACAAGGAAACGCCAAGACGAUUCAUGUACCAGAGUCGCCAGACAAGGGAAAUAACCAUGAAAAUGACUCCUUGGACGAAGACCAGAAGAGUUACGCCGAGUACAACAAAUAUAAAAUAAUAGGGAAAUACAUUGAUAAGGUGUCACUGGUCGUAUUCUUGGUCGUUUGGCUUGCAGUCACGGCUGGAUUUAUGCUGGACAUUGCUUCACCUCACAUCUUUUAAUCAUUUUAUAAAAAGACAGUAAUAUUAAUUUUCUCAUUUGUAAAUGGACAUUAUUAAAGCAUUCGUUGUGAUAUCUAACCAAAUAUUUCUACCUCCCACAAGGAUUACAUC